CUUCCUGAGUUUUGGGAGCUGUGGCCAUGGAUGCCGAACCACCUCCGAUUGAGGAGCGGCGGCGGCUGCAGGAAGAGUUGAGCGAGUUUGUGGAGAAGUGCUGCCUGACGCUGGAAGAUGCGACGACAUCCCUGGGCUGGAGCCUGAUUCAGCUGGACACUGGGGAAGAGGAGGCGCCGGAGGAUCAAGUUGUGAUUUGUCCUUAUGAUUCCAAUCAUCAAAUGCCUAAAUCAUCUUUGGCAAAGCACAUGGAAUCUUGUAGAUUGAGGAAACUGGGCUAUACGAAAGAAGAAGAGGAUGAAAUGUAUAAUCCUGAUUUUUUCUAUGAGAAUAUGAAGGUACCUUCUAUUACUUUGAAUAAGGAUUCACAAUUUGAGAUAAUUAAGCAUGCUAGGAUCACAGCUGGAAAAGACGGUGAUUGUUACAGUCAAAGAAUGUAUUCUUCACUACCUGUUGAAGUCCCUCUGAAUCACAAACGGUUUGUUUGUGAUCUAACCCAAGCUGAUCGUCUUGCCGUUUAUGAUUUUGUUGUUGAAGAGACGAAGAAAAAGUGCUCUGAUUCCAAUAUUAUUGAAAAUGACAGUGAUCUCUUUGUUGAUUUGGCUGCCAAAGUCAAUCAAGAUAAUAGCCGAAAGAGUCCAAAGUCUUACCUUGAAAUCCUGGCAGAAGUGAGAGAUUACAAAAGAAGACGCCAGUCCUAUAGAGCAAAGAAUGUUCACAUAACGAAGAAAUCAUACACCGAGGUGAUUCGAGAUGUGAUAAAUGUACACAUGGAAGAACUCAGUAACCAUUGGCGAGAAGAGCAGGAAAAAGCAGAGGAUUAUUCUGAGAAGAAUGAAGAGAGGCGAUCAGUCUCAAUAGAUUCUCGACAGUCUGGUGGAAGCUAUUUUGAUACAGAAAGUUCACAAUAUAGAAGGGAUUGGAGUAGGAGUCCACAUAAACGAAAAAGAAAUAAGGAUAGGGAUAAAAACUCUGUGUCGAGAAGGAGAAAAGAGAGGGAUGGAGAAAGACAUCAUAGUCAUAAAAGAAGAAAGCAAAAAAUAUAAAUAAAAUGAUUAUAUGCAUUAAUUAGGUUUAUGUCAUAAUCCAGUAAGCUGUAUAAUUAUAAUUGCAUGUGGUUAUGAUCUGUGGGAGUACGUAUCAUUUUUCAAUAAAUACGCUUCAAACCAUGA